AUGCGAGACCUGUUGGACCGAGUGAAUAAUCCGAGCACCGGCGUAUACGAUAUGAUUUCAGAGUUGGACGAAGAGCCUGGUCCGAGUCGCGCUCCUCGUCAGAUCCCAUCACAGUUAACGGUGAAGCAGAUACGCAGCGGGGUCACUAACUUAGUUGGUUGCCAGUCGGACCUGCAAAACGGCAUAUUGACAUCGUCACCGGCUCCCCGUUUGGUUGCGUCUGAAUCAGACGUGCAGACGUUGCUUCAUUCCUUGAAGUUACACCCGAACAGAAUGAGCAAAGACUUCAGCAAGGUAAACGGAUAUGACUCUGGCUUGUUGCAUUCCGUCAGCCAAGAGCUGGAAGCAAGGUACUCUGAGUGCAUAUUGCGUUGAUU